AUGUAUCUUUGCUCCUCACCCGCCUACUCUGCACCAAACUCUUCCUACGUCUUCUACAACCCCCUCUGGUCUUUCUACUCGUUACUUUGCACUUGGACGCAGUACAAUUUCGUCACGCCGAAGCCGACCAUGCUAGGCCCACAAGUCUGCUUGGGGUUUGCCCGUAUACUCCAAUUACACUUUAUUGUCGCUGUCCUCGUCAUUAACUCUGUUUUUCUUGGCAAACUAAAUGCUUUUGACCUGCCUGUGGACCAGAACAUCCUCCUUGUUGAAGGCUUUGCGGCCACGGCUCUCGUGUGGAACAUGAUAGGGUUGUUCAUGAUAAUGUAUGCUGGAAAGGCCCCGGCCACAUGUGUGCUUAUUUUCAUGGAACUUUUCGUCAUGGGCUCCUUUAGCUUCAUUGCUGUGGUGUCCAAGGCUGGCACUGGGACCUGCACCCACUACGGUAUGCCUUUUGGUAGCCCUUCUAAGGCUGGCAUGCCUUCAAUUGGGGAGUGGUGCGGAAUGCAUUCGGCCAACCUCGGUAUAUCAAUCGCUGCUGUAGUCAUCUCCUUUGGUUGCGUGGUUGCGGAGCUCACGGCUCGUUGCCGCGAGCACUAUCAUUAG